ACUCGCUACACCUGGGUUACCCAGGAGAUGGAAGGGUUCCGGGAAUUUGCUUUCAUCAUCUUCAAGAGAAACCUGGUCGAGUUGAUGCACAACAAGAAGUGGUUGCCAAUUCGCAUCGAAAACAACACCAACUUGACUGACGUGGCGGGGGACCCCGACUUCUCCUCUCUCCGCCUGACGUCAUCGCCCGGGUUCAAUGACCUCAUCAACGCAGCUGGAACUAAGUUCGGCAUGUACCUGUACGGGGAGAUUGGCCAGCAUGGCUACCUGACGUUUGGAGGCUACCUGCCAGCACACCUGACACAGAACUGUACCAGAUCACCUAGCAAGAGGCACGGGGACGGGAAGGACAACGAUUGUGACGGCUGGGUGGACGAGGAACAGGAGAAUCGCAUGGAUGACGACAACGAUGAUAGGGUAGACGAGGAUCUGGGUUUACUAGCCACAGUGGACGGUCAAUGGGGACCAUGGCAAGUGUGGACGUGCCCUAGGCCGUGUGGAAAGUACUGGUACAAGAUACGCAGACGAAUGUGUAACGACCCAACACCACAGAGUGGCGGUGAAUGGUGUCAUGGUGAGGAAUCCCAGACAAUAGACGAGGUGUGUGACACCACGAUCACCUGCCCUGAAGAUUGUCCCUACCAAACGUUUGACGUCAACUGCACCAAACGCUGCAACCACUGUGUGUCAGAUUGUUCUAGAAUCACAGGCGAGUGCCCGGUAUGCCAUCCCGGCUGGACGUCAUCUGAGUCUGGCUGCAAUAAAGAGUGUCCUGAAGGAACCUACGGCUUCGCCUGCUCCUACUCCUGCUAUGAGAAGUGUGACACGGAUUGUGGGGAUCGGGCGACGGGGAUGUGUAUACAUCACUCCAGUGCCCAGGACCUGGUGUUGUACAUGCUGAUGGUGAUCGCCCCAAUGGUCUGUAUCCUGCCCAUCCUAGCCAUCUGCAGACGCCGGAAGGUGAGCGAGGAACCGGAGGUUGAGCUGGUCGUCGACGUCUCGUACUUCCGCCUCCCGGAAAUGUUCACAUUCUACGACGCAGCCUCCAGCGUUAGCGGCGAAACUUCGAGCAGGAAAAGCUCAGACGGGUGCAAACCGAAACUUAAACCGACAGACUCGCCUAAACCAAAACCUAAAUCAAUCCUCAAACCGGUUACUUCAACAGAGCUCACCAGGCCCGGUUCACCCCGAGUUCAGUCGCCCGUUUCCACUGGGGUUUAUUUUGCCGGCUCCAGUGAUGCGUUCACUGGAAAGUGGCAAGGUAGCUCCACCGCUAUUUGAUGGCCACGCUAACCCAAGGUAGCUCCACCGCUAUUUGAGGUCAGGUUGGCGGCCUUGGCUGGUCAAAUAUUGGCCACGCUUGGGGAUAUGAACGUAGGACCCACUGAAUGACUAACUUAAUCACUAACUGUAUGACCAACUGAAGGACCAACUAAAUACCAGUUAAAUGACCCACUAAAUGACUGACUGAAUGGCCAAUUUAAUGACAGACUGAAUGACCAACUAAAUGACUGACUAAAUAAUCAACUAAAUGACCAACUAAAUGACCAACUGAAUGACCAACUAAAUGACCAACUUAAUGACCAACUGAAUGACCAACUGAAUGACCAACUGCAUGACGAGUUAAAUGACAAACUGAAUGACCAU